UGCGCACCACUGCAUCGGCCUGUAUAGAAGCGUUCUACGCUCGCCCCCUUAUCGCACUCUAUUAUCUAGUCCGAUCGCAUUGCUGGCGGUGGCUUGCGACCAUCGUUCGAGCGCACCAUGGCUUUACGCUUGUUUCGCAUUCCACGGCCAAAGAGCUUUCUUUGUGUCAUGAGCCUACAGACGGGCACCUCCCUGAUCACACUGUCGCUGCUACUCAACAAGAUCAGUGGCCUGUACGGGCUGCUCGCCUUGCUAACAGGCUAUCAUCUCUCACCCGUCCAGCUGUCUAUGUACAUUUACUCUCUCGCCGUUCUCGCUCUCACCGUCCUCCUUUUCCCUCAUAUUCGAAAGCAAACUCCCCUGCACUGCCUGGGUCUGGCCUGGGUGUACUUUUUCGACACGCUUAUUAAUGCCGCUUAUACGGCUGCAUUUGGAGUAACAUGGUUCCUGGUCGUUUCUCAGCAUUAUCACAAUGCACCUAAAUCUGGACCAGGCUCUACUAUCGAGGAUACCGCCGGUUUCACCAACCCUACAUACAACGUUUCCUCCGUUCACAUCCCUGGAAAUGUCCUGUCGCCUGGACAAGACUCUGGGAUCACCGCGGACCCGGCCAGCGUCCCAGCUGGAAUUGCUACUGAUCCUAUCAAUGGAACGCCCAGCUUGAGCAAUGGUGUGCGACAGCCCGAAAGUUUUGAGAGCAUCAUCAUGAUCUCGGUCCUUUGGGUGGUUCGUUUCUACUUUAGUUUGAUUAUGUUUGCGUUCGCUAGACAAGCACUCCGCCACAAGCUGCUGAACGCCUCGCAGCCCCGGUAUAAUCAGCUUCCUACUCACAGCCGAGCCACCUCAGUCGCUACUGUGGCUAGUGCCGCUGAUAUUGAUCGAGAGCCAUUCCUGCCACAUACCCCCGAGGGCCAAGGAUGGCAAGGAACACUAGGCCGUGCUAUGAUCAGCGUAUUCAGAAACUACUGGCUUGGAACCGAUUCGUCCGAUGAAGAAGAUGCGAGCUGGAUGAGCGGUUUCGGCCGCGGACUACACACACGCAACAACCUGUCUAUUUCGGGCAUCUCUGAGCGGGAACGCCGCCGCCGGUCUGGCACCGGCCCACCAAAACCAUCGCAGUCCGUUCUCCAGGCUGCCUCCUUGAUGCAGCCUGUUCACGGUGAGAACGAAACCGCAGGCGUCAAUCUGCAAGACUUUCACGAAAGCAGAUAAUAUAGAAACAGAGAAACCUGCAUUGUGUGAUGUGAUGUUUGUUUACGGCGUGAUUUGGUGCAGGAAAUCGAUCUCCAUAAAAUCCCUCGGCCCCCACUGUUGAGGGUAGAGUAGAGGAUAUUUGAUUACUAUUUAUCAACCCAUUUUGGGACUUCGCUCGCUUAGCAGCGUUCAUGGUGUGGAAUGGUGGCGUUGCUCUAUAUAUAGCAUGUCCGGUUUCUGGCAUGGGUCGGUUGGCGUCGACGGUACAUAUCGAGUUUUUCGUUAUAAUAUAUAUAUAAUAUACAAUUGAUCAAUGUGACACAUCAAUCCAUCCUACAUAUUCGAUCAAGCCAUCUGGAAUUAAAUUAGCGGACAUUGG